AUGAAGCUGUCCGUUUUCACCUCCGUUGUCCUCGCUGGCCUCGUUGCCGCUCAGCAAGAGAAGCUCCCCAAGUGCGCUCAACCCUGUGUUGACCAGUACACCACUGGCGGCGGCGUCGCUGGAUGCGGCCAGCUCGACAUCAAGUGCAUCUGCAGCAACCAGAACUUCCUCUCCGGAAUCGCCUGCUGUCUUGAGGAGAAGUGCGACACUGAGGGCAAGGAUACCGCUGUCAAGUACGCCAAGCAGAUCUGCUCGACCGCCGGCGUGAACGACCUUCCCGACGAUGUGAAGUGCGACAAGAGCGCCGCUUCUGGCAGCGCCUCUAGCGCAACUGGUGCUACUACCCCUACUUCAAGCUCUGGUGCUGCCAGCGCCUCUUCCACUGGCGACUCUGACAGCGCUGACACCAACGCUGGUGCUCGCGAGGGUGCCGCCGGUAUCUUCGGCGUCGCUAUGGCCAUGCUCUUUGCUCUGUAA